GGUGCCUCAUCGUUCAUCUCACCCCUGCUGAUCAGACCCUUUCCCAGCACUCAGUGCAGCCACAGCUGAUAGAACAACAGCAUGUCACUCCACAGCCUCUGUGUUCAAGCUGUCCUUCUCAUAAGUAUCCUGUCUCUCUGCUCACCCUCAGGUGGUGCAUUUGGGAGUAGCAUACAGAGGAUCCUCAUGAAACGCAAUGCAAAGGAGCUGGAAGCCAGAGCCAAAGCACAGAUUGCAGUGCCGCAGUCAAAGGCUAAAGAGUUUCUGUCAGAUUUUCACAGGUUUAAGAGAAAUGUAUGGGAUCGGAGCCGUCCUGAUGUCCAGCAGUGGAUCCAGCAGUUCAUGUACAUGGGCUAUGAUGAGGCAAGACUGGAGACUGAUCUCUCCUAUUGGAUGGACCAGGCCAGAUCAAAUGACCAGGGCCGGCAGCAUCAUCAUGAUGAGAAUGCACCUAUGAGCCAACAGGACCCCAGUUCCUACAGACACGGGGCUAAUGUCAAUUAUGAUUACUAUUAAGAGCCCUAGAACCUAACAUUCACUCAGAAACCUGGAGACUAUUGCCUGACUUGUAAAUCAUUCUAAUGCUCUAAGUCAAUGUAUAUUCACAGAACCUACAGUAUGCCCCAUAGAUGAUGUGUGUUUAUACACACACACACACACACACACACAUUACUAUGUGAGUGUGAUUAUGCAAUUUCUUUAGGGGUAAGCAAAGCAAAACCUAGAGAGGAAUGAAUGCACAUUGAAUAAAAAUAUGUCUAUAAUGCUGAUGUUUUUUGUGUGUUUGAAGAGUGGAGAAGAGUCUUAGUAUUUGUCGCCUAGUUGUAGCCAAAAUAGUUUUGUUCGUUUUAACCCCUUAACUGUCACUCAUGUUUUUGAAGAUAGACUUGAUUGUGCAUGAUACAAACCUAAAUUUUUAUAAUUCAUGACUGAAAACAUUUUGUAACAUGAUUUUGAUGUGGUAAUGCAAUGUCUGAUUUUAAAAUGGGUUUUAAAGGAAGAAUUUUGAGAUUUUAUGUUUUCAAGUGAUAUAUAACUUCUGAUGAUUUCUAAAAUGUGAUAGCGAAGGCAACGAGUUAGUCUUUUUUUAAAACAAAGGUCAAAACUCCUCUUGUAAUGUAGAUUUCUGAGGGUGCACUCUUGUCAUAAAUUAGUCUAUUACUUUUCCUACAUAAUUUUUUACCAAAAAAUAUUGGUAAAAUAUAUAUUUGGGAGUCUUAGACCUUUCCAACGAUAUAUAGUCUGUCAAGAUUAGAUUAGAUUUGAUUGCAAUAUAGUAUAGUCAACGUAGGCUUCCUGUAUUCGGAACGGGGUGACAGUUAACAGGUUAAAUAUCUCAUGCAUAUAGCGCUUCAUAGGCUAUAUCAUGAGAUUUUGGUGAAGUGUAUUAAAGUGUAUUAUAUUGCCACAAUAUGUUAUAACUGUUAUAACAUGUAAGUAAAUAAUGCGAUGCACUUGCUAAUUAUAUACAUCUUCUGUAUCUUAAAUCUUGGCAACUCCAUUUUAGCUUGAUUUUCAUACAUUUAAAGUGAAACUUAUAAUGCCACAAUUCCAACUAUGAAAACAGUACAUUUCUAUCUU